AUGCCGAAAUUCAUUUGGCGGCAAGGGGAUUGGGAAAAACAAUAAUCUCCCCAAAUGAUUCAUCAAUACAAGAUAGAACUAAAGCAAUGAUAUUUUUGCGACAUCAUUUGAAUGACGGAUUGAAAAAUGAAUAUUUAACUGUGAAAGAUCCCGCGGAUCUUUGGAAAGCCUUGAAAGAAAGGUAUGAUCAUCAGAAAACAGUAAUUCUCCCUCGGGCUCGUUACGAAUGGAUGCACUUACGCUUCCAAGAUUUUAAAACUGUAAACGAGUACUAUUCAGCAAUGUUCUGCAUUUUCUCAGUAUUGAAAUUAUGCGGGGAAACCAUAACUGAUUAUGACAUGCUAGAAAAAAUGUUGUCCACAUUCCACGCUUCCAACGUACUUUUGCAGCAACAAUACAGAGCAAAAGAUUUUGCUAAAUAUUAUGAGUUGGUUUCUUGUUUGUUGCUAGCUGAACAAAAUAAUGAGUUGUUAAUGAUAAACCAUGAAUAUAGACCCACGGUUUCUAGUGCGAUCCCUGAAAUAAAUAUUGUAAUAUCUAGGCAGGGAAACAAAAAUGAAAACAGCCAAACAUAUGUGCGUGGAUAUACCUCGGGACGUCGGCAUGGCCGUGGCUGUGGAUAUGGUCCAGAUCGCCGAUCUGGCCGAGGACACAGAUUUUACCGAGGGUAUAACUCGGGUCGAGAAUAUAAUCGUGGACAAUGCCGUAACGACGCCCAAAAUUAUGAAAGGGGGAGAAAUUUUCAGCCAAAAUUUGAACAGAACAAUGUAACAAAAAAAUUCACGAAAGAUACUGAUGAAAAGGCAUGUUAUCGAUGUGGAAGAAAGGGACAUUGGACACGAAAUUGUCGUGCUCCAAAACACGUUACUUAUGCUGCAACAAAUUCACAGUCGAUUGAAAUGUUUAAACUUUGGCAUGAUCGACUUGAUCACCCUGGCUGGAUAAUGAUGAGCAGAAUUAUUGAAAGUUCUGAUGGUCAUCCAUUAAAAAACCAGAGGAUAUUUCAAUCACAUGAAUUGUCAUAUGCUUCAUGUUCUCAAGGAAAAUUGAUAGUAAAUACAUCACAUACUAAGGUCGAAAAUGAAUCACCAUUAUUUUUAGAAAGGAUUCCUGGUGAUAUAUGUGGACCUAUUCAUCCACCUUGCGGUCCAUUCAGAUAUUUUAUGGCGUUGAUUGAUGCCUCUAGUAGAUGGUCUCAUGUGAGUUUGUUGUCCACUCGAAAUGUGGCAUUUGCUAAAUUACUUGCUCAACUUAUCAAACUAAAAGCUCAAUUUCCCGAUCAUAUUAUAAAAAAAGUGAGACUUGACGAUGUUGGUGAAUUUACAUCUCAAGCAUUUAAUGAUUAUUGUAUGGUUGUUGGCAUUGAUAUUGAGCAUCAUGUGGCACAUGUUCACACCCAAAAUGGUUUAGCUGAAUCAUUAAUUAAACGGCUGCAACUUAUAGCCAGACCAUUGAUAAUAAGAACAAAACUCCCCACUUCUGUAUGGGGACAUGCUAUUCUACAUGCAGGAAAUCUAAUUCAGAUUCGACCAAGUGCAUAUCAUAAAUACUCGCCAUUACAGUUGGCAUUUGGUAUAGAACCAAAUCUUGAACAUAUAAGAAUAUUUGGUUGUGCAGUGUAUGUACCAAUUGCUCCACCCCAACGUACGAAAAUGGGGCCUCAAAGAAGGUUGAGAAUAUAUGUUGGAUAUGAAUCUCCAUCAAUAAUCAAAUACCUUGAGCCCAAAACAGGUGAUGUUUUUACAGCUCGGUUUGAUGAUU